AUGCAAGACUGCAUUUUUCUAUCUUCAUUCGAGAACACCGAUCAGAUUCCGGCCAACAUUUCCAAUUUUCUGCCGGCCCAUUUGAAUUUUCCGAUUGGCCGGAGGUUUCUUGCCGGCCGUGCUCCGUUUUCAGGCUUGUAUGGAGGUUCAGGGUCUGAUUCGAAAGGGAACUCUGGGAGUUCAAACACAAUCGUGAUAAUACCCAGAAAUAUUAAAGAUUUACGUCAAAGUCCCGGGAAUGGCGAUCUUGAUAUUUUCACUUAUGAAGAGAUGAAAUUGGCAACCAAACACUUCCGGCCAGAUCAAGUUCUUGGUGAUGGUGGCUUUGGUAUUGUCUAUAAAGGAGUUAUAGACGAUAAUGUGAGGCCUGGCUAUAAGUCAACUACUGUUGCUAUCAAGGAGCUUGAUCCCCAUAGUUCACAAGGGGACCAGGAAUGGCUGGCAGAGGUCAAUUAUUUAGGUCAACUUCGACACCCUAACCUGGUGAAGCUGAUUGGCUAUUGCUGUGAAGGGGACUAUAGGCUGUUGGUCUAUGAAUAUAUGGCAUCCGGGAGCUUGGAGAAACAUCUUUUCUUAAGAGUACGUGCCAGUUUAACAUGGCAUAAACGAUUGAAGAUAGCCUUGGAUGCUGCAAAAGGGCUCGCUUUUCUUCAUGGUGUGGAGAAACCCAUCAUAUACAGGGAUUUUAAAACUUCAAACAUUUUGCUCGAUGGGGAUUUUAACGCAAAGCUUUCUGAUUUCGGACUGGCAAGGGUGGGCCCCACAGGAGAUCAAACUCACGUGUCGACCCGUGUUAUGGGUACGUUCGGUUAUGCCGCUCCAGAGUAUGUCAUGACAGGUCAUCUGACGGCUAGGAGUGACGUGUACGGCUACGGAGUUGUCCUGCUCGAGAUGCUCAUCGGGAGACGGGCCAUGGACAAGAGCAGGCCCAGCCGCGAGCACAACCUCGUCGAGUGGGCCCGCCCACUCCUCAACCACACCAAGAAGCUCAUCAAAAUACUGGACCCAAGGAUCGAGGGCCAGUACUCGACCAAGAUCCUCAUGAAAGUUGCAAAUUUGGCCUACCAAUGCCUUAGCCAGAACCCAAAGGGAAGGCCCACAAUGCGCCAGGUCAUCGAUAUACUCGAGCCAUUGGUGGCUCACGAGCUGCGGCUCGAGGACGUGGACCCACCUAGCGGAGGUGGGUCCGUGACGCUUUACGAGGUCCCGAAAGGCCACAAUACUAUGAGUUGUGAUAGCGGGCCUGAGCAUGUGAAGGAUAAUAAUAAUAUUAGUUGUAAUAAUAAGCAGGGUAAUGGAAGGAGCAAAAGCGAACCUCCAAAGGAGUGUGACCUUUAUGAGCCCUCUUCAGAGAAUUUGCAGAUCGAGAGAUCGGUAUCAGAUGUGCGGUGAAGAUUGAAUUGCAUUGGGAUUUGUGUCGAUAUGUUGAGAUGGACUUGGAUUGAAUUUAGCUUUAUUUUCUUUUUGCGAUUUCGUUUCUUGUUUUCUUUUGCAGCGAGAGCAUUUGCUUACUUUUUGUACCAUGAGAUGGCUAAGGUUUUUUAAUGGGGCUUUGAGUAUGUAUGCUCUGAGUGAAAAAUGCAGGAUUUUUAUUUAGCCUUUUGUUUUUCUCUGAUUUGUGAAUUUUGUUCUUGACCUAAUUGAACUAUUUAUGCAGAGAUUGUACCUAUAGUGAAAAACCAAGAAAAUGUGGACAUUUAUUAUAACUGCAAUCAACUCGAAAG